AUGGAGUACUUCAAUUUUGAAGAUGCCUCAAAUGUCAUUCCCAACCUGGAUCUGGAUGACUGUGGUUCGUUGAUGGGCGAGACCACCCAGGAUGAGGCUACCGAAUGCUACGACUCCCUUUUCUUCGACAAAUCGUUCGCUCUCCCAGCAGGCCGACCUGCGGAACCUAGCACUGUGAUGAUUAAACUGAUCAACAAUGUCGAAGUCGAAGCCGUCCCCCCACACACUUCGGACCUGAACAUGGAUUAUCCCAUGUUUCGAGCCAAAGAAGCUUGUGAAUUGUGCGCGAGAAUGGGAUUGGACUGCUUCCUGGCUACAAGAGGCGCUACACUGACUGGUAUUUCGGAAGACCAUCAAGUCUGUGAAGGUGAAGUCACUGAACGCCGCCGGGCAAUGAGAUCGAUGGAAGAAGGGCGAGGUCGCAAGACAGGUGCUCGAUUUCCCCGCGAUGCCGUCAAGAUUCUCAAGCAGUGGCUCGCCGAGCACGCUGAUCACCCAUAUCCCAAUGAGCGUGAGAAGGAUGAAUUGAAACAAGUCACUGGUCUCAAGAGAAGCCAGAUUUCGAAUUGGCUUGCCAACGCACGGAGAAGGGGCAAAGUCCGACCAGCUUCGGGUCCCUCUUCGCCCAUGUUGGGAGCCAUUGAUAUCCCCCAGAGAUCUCAAGAUCCUGCAGACAUUGCCAAUCUCAACCCCCUAGACAGAUGGAAGGCGUCGCCCCCCGAACACGAACCUGCAUCGAUGACAGCCAUCGCCAAAGCCGUCACGUCGACACCAUUCCCGGCCCGCACUCAGUCAUAUUCGAGCGCACAUAAUUCAAGGGCUGGCUCUAGAGCCGGCUCGAGGACCAGUUCACGCAAAGGUUCGAGCGAGGAAAACUCAUCCUUUUCCAUGUUCCGUGCACCGUCAGUAAGCAGUUUUGGGACGCGAGAAUCUACCAACAGUGACUUGACCUUUGCUUCUUCGAGAUCGAACAAGUCGAAGGCAUCUCUUGCUUCAUCUCAAGAACGACGCAGACGGAGGAGGGCACCAGUUACUCAACGGGCUGCAGCACAGCAGGCAAAAACACGAAGCGCCCGAAUAUUCCAGUGUACAUUCUGCACGGAUUCUUUCCCUGCAAAGUACGACUGGCAGCGACAUGAAAAGUCACUACAUCUCGCAUUAGAAAGAUGGACCUGCUGUCCCAAUGGAGGGACAAUGAUUGAUGCGUUGACGCAGACCGAAAUGUGUGUUUUCUGCCGCGAGCCGAAUCCGACGGCGGAUCAUUUGGAAUUGCACAAUUUUACUGCUUGUCAGGAAAAGACUUUGCAAGAACGUACCUUUUACAGGAAGGAUCAUUUGAGCCAGCAUCUCAAGUUGAUGCAUAACGCCAAAGUGCAUUCUCACAUGGACUCGUGGAAGAGUACCACCAAUGAAAUCAAAUCGGCUUGCGGCUUCUGUCCUUCUAAAUUCACCACCUGGCAACAGCGAGCGGAUCACUUGGCUGCGCACUUCCGGAACGGUGCCGACAUGAGCAUGUGGUCAAACGGAUGGGGGUUCGAACCAUAUGUCGAAAGGCUGGUAGAGAAUGCCAUUCCUCCUUACCUUAUUGCUCACGAGAAGUUGACGAUGGAUCCUUACGUUGCUCGAGCUUCGCAAGCGACCCCUUCGGCUGGCACGGAUGCCGGAAUGACGAAUGGUACUUCUGCCGAGAGCACUGAGCCCGAUCAGAUAACCAAGGACUCGAACUGUUGGGGCAGACUGGAACAAGAAUUGACCAAGUACGUUUCGCAGCAGCGGUCCGCAGGCAGAAUACCCUCAGAUAAGGACAUCCAAGAUCAAGCUCGUAUGAUCAUCUACGAAGACAAUGACCCAUGGAACUGGACCUGCGCUGACAAUCAGCAAUGGCUUGACACCUUCAAGUAUCAACAAGGCCUAUGCAGUCUUACCGAUGCCCUUUCCACGCAAAACCUGGCAGAGGUGCCCAUCAUGGCACCUUACGUGAUCAAAGGUGGCUUGAAGACCAAGACGCCUCCACACCACAGCAGCAGGAAGAGUGUCUCUACUGAUUCCGCCUCUUGUCCUGGCAUGAGUGCCGAUUAUGGUAGUGUGCCCAACUCUGCCGUAAUGGCGACGUUCGAUCAAAACAUGGAUUUCGAUUUUGACAGCAUCGACUUCAGUGGUCUCGAUCUCGGCGUGGCCGAAGACAUGACUUUCAAUAUGGGUCUAGACGGUCAGGUCAGUGGGGCUGGUAGUAUUACUGGUGCUGUGACGACUGCGCCUUUCUCAUCGAGCAUCCCCGGUGAGACACUAUAUGGAUCUUUUGUGGUUGAUCCAAUGAUGGACAUGGGAAUGGGAAACAUGAAUUUGAACAUGAACAUGAAUGCGCCCAUACCGCAGCAGAAGAAGAGUCCUCAGACUAGCCACAGUCUCAUGAGUGAGCAGGAUAUGAAUCACCUAGCUGGAUAUAUGUCGGGGUUUAAGUGA